AUGGUGAAAAACACCAAGCCAGACGCCUCCAUCACUGAGAAAAGGCCAACCAGGCUGAAGAGACCACCUUUACACCUUUUAGAGUCAGAUAGUGAUAUCACAGAUAUUGAAGACAGUAAUAUCAACACCAGGCCACCAGCAAAAAUACCAACCCUUCCCUCUCCACCGAGAACAAUGGAACCAAGAAGGAACUCAUCCAAAACACCUGAGCCAUCACAGACAUGUGGGGGUCUUGACAGCUUGCCAAGAGCUGGAUUUUGUGAUUUCUGCAAUACCCCAAACUGGGAUGGCCAGAGUGAAGGACAUAGGGUUAUGGUACAUCAAAUCGAAGAGAUGCCAGGGGGCUACAGAUCAGCUGUACAUACCACUCAGUCAAUGAUGCCACAACAUUUAGCACCAAGAAUGCAAGAAUGGAGUCAUGAACAUAAUUCAAGUGUGGAUCAACACCAACAUGAAUCAGCCUGUACAGGUCUUGCGGUCAGCAGCAUUGCAGUUCUCGUACCAGACAGUGAUGCAGCUAGUCAGCACACUCUCAAUGGUUCCCCUGUAGAAUGUGCUAAGGAUGGAUGGAGGGAGAUUUGCUCUUUUAAGUCGGCGCAGGAAGUGGAGCCGAUGUUGCGCUUUCUUGGAGAGUGA